GGAGGGUGACUGGUGUGAGCAUGCCGAGGACUUCUCCCAGCGGAUAGACAGGCAGUGUGCGGACUGACACGGAGCCUCGUCUACAAGGGACCCUCGGACACCGCCUCGUGCACUCGCGAAGGCCUGGUGCUGGCUGUUGGAUUGUUUAGAUCAGGCUCUUGUCCUCGGUCCUCAGAGAUGAUUCAAUGAUGCUAUGAGGAGAAGGUCCAGAGAUGACUGAUGUGGAGCCUGUCGUCACUGACUUUGCCGCCACGGGUCGGACUGGCCGGCGGAACGCCAUGCCGGAUAUCUUAGGAUCCACCGCAGGCCCCGGAGCAGCAGACCUGCCAAACAAACUCGCUGAGCUUUCUGUUGGAGACGAUGGUGGUCAAGAAGGAGAGGGGUCAUCCUCAGGUGACCAGACCAAGGACCCGGGUGAGGACAAAGCAGAGGGAACAUAACUUCACCCGUUACUACCCUGAACUGAACUCGAGAGAGGAGCCAGGACACCAGUGUCAAUAUCAUGGUCUACCUCUUCUCUGAUCCUAAUGACCAGUCUACUGUUAUGGCCACGCUCUGAGCUAUGCAAGGCCACUUUGAAGCAGGCCAGUGGAGGAGGAUGCCCAUCACCCAGUGGAGCCCCUUUGAAACCCCCCCUUACUUUCAAAGGGCC